UCACGAGCUAGCAAGCCUCAGCUCUGCACCUGGAGAAUUUCCGAGCUUUGCAAGCUAACCUCGCCGAGUGCAACGCCAAUGGCGAGCAUCGAGGUGUCCAAGCCGUCGAAGCGCCUAUCACCGAAGGGCAGCUUCAAGCUGAGCCUGCCCGGUCUGUUCUGCGGCCAGUGCAAGGCCACGGCGGUCACGUCGCCGCCGGACUCUCCCACGGGCGCCGGUCCGCGGUCGCUGUCGACGUCGUCCGCGUCGGCUUCGGCGUCCGCCUCUUCGUCGGGGACGUCCCGCGGGCGCGACCGCAUGGCGGAGCUCCGCGAGAUCUUCCGCCACUUCGACCGCGACAUGGACGGCCGGAUCUCGGGCCGCGAGCUGCGCGAGUUCUUGGCGUCCAUGGGCGACGGCGGCAGCUUGAUGCUGGGGCCGGUGCCGGGGCUGGACGGCGAAGACCUGAUGCUGGGGUUCGACGACUUCGUGCGCAUCGUGGAGAGCAAGGGCGGGGAGGAGGAGGAGCGCGAGGACCUGCGGCGCGCGUUCGAGGCGUUCGAGGCCGUGAAGGGGUCCGGCCGGAUCACGCCGGGCGGGCUGCAGCGCGUGCUCAGCCAGCUCGGCGACGAGCCGUCCGUGGCCGAGUGCGAGGCCAUGAUACGAGCCUACGACGGCGACGGCGACGGCGAGCUCGACUUCCACGAUUUCCACCGCAUGAUGAGCCAGGACUAGGCACGUACGUUGCGCCGGCCGGUGUCAAGUCUCGUCACUUUCUACUGGCACGAGUAUGAAUUUUUACUUAUCCAGGAUUUUUAUUUUUUGGUUUGCCUUCGGUCCAUGUACCUGUAACCUGUCCGGCCGUUUGCUGUGGGUCAGCGUGUGCGCGAUGGGCACGCGCAUAUGUGUCGUGAGUUGGGGACGUGCUGCCCGUGUGUGCUUUGAGCCUGGUCCGUUUGUUGUGGAGGGUGUGAUGUACUGCAUGCAUAUUAUAUUAUUAUAUCUGUACUCUUAAAAAAAUGUACAGUAUCUUAUGCUAAUAGGGGUCGCUCGCCGCAUAGG